GAAACCUGGUUAAUGUCUUUGAUCUUGAGGGAAAAACAAACUAGCACGUAAAUGGCCAUUAUCAUAGACGCUUUGACUAUCGACAGAUCUCUGUUUAGACAGGGAAGAUGCGUAUUUCCGGGUGUCAGUAAGUUUUGUUUUUUUAUGUAGCAAGGUGACGUCAAUAUUUCCCGACGGCAGAGACAGCUGAUGCAAAACGUACACCUGCUUGUCGGCUACAUGAUUUCAGCUACUCUAUUAUAGUUAUAUAGAAAACGUAUCCUUGUUGAAAUACUGAAAGUAAACAUGUUGCUGCAUGGCAGACUAUCAGAAUUGUGUAUUUUUCUACAGGCUAUGUUUGUUUUAGCGUGCUGUUUUAGCGAUAUAGAAUCGGGGCCUAUCGCGACGAGUGGAUCUGCUCAACCAAACGGGGAUCGUUUCAAACUCGAGGGUCGGGCAAUCGUUCCUGGAGUGAAAACACAAGACUGGAUUUCAUCAGCCCGAGUCACGGUAGAGGGAGAAGAGUAUAUAGGCUUUAUGAGAACUGAUGGCAGCUUUGUCGUCAAUGAUGUUCCCUCGGGAUCUUACGUUGUGGAAGUGAUCUCACCUGGAUACAAAUUUGAAGCAGUCCGUGUGGACAUCACGUCUAAAGGAAAAAUGAGGGCCCGCCUGGUGAACUUCAUCAAGACGUCUGAGGUGAUCCGCCAGCCGUACCCGCUCCAGCUGAGGUCCUCUGGGCCACACACCUACUUCAUGAAGAGAGAGACCUGGGGGUGGACUGACUUCCUCAUGAAUCCCAUGGUCCUGAUGAUGGUCCUUCCUCUGCUCAUUAUCGUCCUGCUCCCUAAGGUUGUCAACACCAACGACCCUGAGAUGAGAAAGGAAAUGGAGCAGUCAAUGAACAUGCUGAACCCCAACCCUGAGCUACCUGACGUGUCUGAGUUCAUGACCAAGCUGUUCUCCGGCUCCAAGAGCUCCAGCAGCAAGGCUGUAGGUGGCAGCAAGGCUAGUGGCCGCCCAGCAGUCAAGAGGAGGUAGUACCAGAACAUUACAUGUACCCCCGGGGCCUGAGGAACCACUCUAACUAGUCAUGCCAUGGAAAUAAUACAAUUUUUAAAGAGAUUUUUCAUUUGUCUGUUGUACAGUUGUUUUUUGAGAGGGGUCUUUUCAUUUUGGUCUGAAAUACAAGUCUGGCUGUCUGAUAGUAAGUGGAAUGACUGAGGAUAUGAGAAGGCUUGAGGUUUAAUUAGAAUUUUUUUUUGCACUGCACUGUUGAAACCCAUUUUACUCUUCAUUUGAUGUUUUGCAUUGUACCUGUGAGUGACGUUGUUGUGCCUGCUUGGUCCCUGCUUAAACUCCUUGUUUAACCCUUGUCUCCUUGGAUAGAUGGGAUAACUGUCUCUAACAACCCUUGGGUGUGUGUACUACUUUACUGCGGCAUCAUACAUAUAUGUCAAUUCUAAUUCUUCCACUACUUGAAUAUGAGAGUGCAUUAAUAUUCAGAGAUUUUAUUUUUUUGAGUUAGGGCCUAGGUCAUUGGUAUUCAACUCUGACCCUACGAGGUCCGUAGCCUGCUAGUUUUCGGUUCUACCUGGUAAUUCAUUGCACCCACCUGGUGUCCCAGGUCUAAAUCAGUCCCUGAUUAGAGGGAAAUAUAUAUUAUAAUUUUUUAAGCAGUGGAACUGGCUUCGGGGUCCAGAGUUGAAUAUGAGGGGUCCAAGUAAUACAACUGUGAAUGGACUGUAAAAUGGAUAUAAUUUUAAUUAUCAAGAAGAAAAAAGACUUAUUUAAAUACCAAGAUGAAAUAAAAUGGUAAUGGUGAAA